AUGCUUUUCAGCUGCAUCCUACUCUUGUUUUCGCUUGCGCUUACUUUUCCUAAUGGAGAAAGUAAAGUCACAUUUCCCACCAGAUCCACGGAGAAACCAAUAUCGGUGUGUAAUAAGAUCUACGGGACACAAGCCGGAGACACAUGUCUCAGUAUUCUAGAGGCCUUCCAUCUCACAGCUUCUGCUUUCAAUACCUUCAAUCCGAAUUUGAACUGUGAGAAGAUAUUUGUUGGAGAAUGGUUAUGCAUUGAUGAUCUUGCAAUUUAA